AAGUAGUUUAUGGAAAGCUGCAUAUCCUUACGAAUAAGUCACCAAGUAAUACCAAAUCGAACCAGACAACGUUUAAUACCUCUUACACCAGAAAUACAUAAGGUUAUGAUGGAUUUCAACGCUUCACGGUGCAGUACGAGCAUCCCGGAACAACAUUUUUAUAAUACACUGUCUAUAACUAGUUUGGUAAGAGAAGAAGUACAAAAUAUAUUGCAUGAGCUCUCCAUUCCCGAUAAGUUUAUACGCAAAGAGGAAAUUGACGAACUAAUUGAAAAAUGCCUUAAGGAAAAGGUAACAAUUGUGCAAGAGCAAGAAACAAAAUCAACACACGAAAGUGAUGCCGAUAUUAAUCAAGAAAUAGAAGUUACUCUAGAAAUGAUGAAUGAGAGCGAUAAGAACAAAUUAAUUGUAGAGAACUUUCAAAUAUUGGAACAACGCAUAACCACGCUUGAAGAACGCCUAAACUGUAUGCUACAGAAUAUUCCAAAAACUCGUCAUUUGGAAGCACGAAAAUUUAAAAUAAAUACUGACGUUAUUGAGAAGGAAUUGCGACAAAUGAUCACUAAAGCUGACAUUCCCGCGGCCAAAACUGUGAAAAAGGGCAAUGGCGAUGAAAAUGGACAUUCAUCAACAGCAGCGCCACCUAUAGCAGCGUCUACCUACGAUGAUAUCUAUUAUGCCCAGCGGGAAUAUACAAUGAAUUUGUUAACCUAUAAAAAAUCUCUCGACAGCUUACAAUUAAAUGAAAAACCAAAAUUAAAUCCAUUUAAAAAGCCCCUCAAUAUACAGACGACUUUAAACGAGAAUGAGAAAUGCAGGCAAAGAUCAUCAUUUUUUAAAACUGAAAUGUAAAUGCGAAACUGUGUUUGUUAAAAAGCUUUUAAUGUUCUUAAAGUAAUUGUGUAAUAAAUCGUAAUGAAUAUAUAUUUUGA